CUCACACUAAGUACAGAGCGGCGAGCGAUGAGGAAGAAAGAGAAGAGGUGCUUGUCCAAUCAGCGAUGCAGAUGGCCACGGAAAACAUGAGCACCAGCCAAUCUGGCACCAGGACCGUUUCCUUUUGCCAAUUCAUACACAACAAAUCAAAUGCGACCCCCUAAUUAAACAAUUGAUACAGUUUACCUAGAGACACAUCCUGCCAAUGAAGUGAUACGAACCACUCCUGCUACUUACAAAUUCCUUACUUUUAUGACAAGACAAGCUAGACACAUUUUACCAUGCUGUGGCUUCACUUCAAGCAGCAAAUCUGAAAAAAAGCCAACCACUCAGUGACAUAUUACUGUACAAACAAGCCCUAACUCCUAUUCAAAUGGCUCUAGCCUGUGUGAGUAAAUGUUAGAUGGCAAGCACCUCUGCUCGGCUUUCUCCAAUGGAUAUUGUGACGACAUCCCAAAUGGCCCAGAAGACGGGAAAGGGACGGCAGAGACACAACGUGACCGGAGGCUCUUCUUCGGUGGUCCUGUCCACCGCCGGCUCCUUCCUCUGUUGGCUCGCCCUGCUGUCAAUUAUGCGGUUGCCAAUGGUAACAGCCGACUGCUGGCUCAUCGAAGGCGAGAAAGGCUUCGUGUGGCUCGCUAUCUGCAGCAUGAACCAGCCGCCUUACGAGGCCAUCCCCUCGCACAUUAACAGCACUAUUGUGGAUCUGCGGCUGAACGAGAACAAGAUUCGGUCGGUGCAUUUUUCCUCACUCAGCCGCUUUGGAAACCUCACCUAUCUGAACCUCACCAAGAACGAUAUCAGCUACGUGGAAGACGGAGCCUUCUCAUCACAAUUCAACCUGCAGGUUCUCCAGAUGGGUUUUAACAAGUUGAGGAACCUGACAGAGGGGAUGCUGCGAGGUUUGGGGAAGCUGCAGUAUCUCUACCUGCAAGCCAACCUCAUCGAGAGUGUUACACCCAACACCUUCUGGGAAUGCCCCAACAUCGAGAACAUCGACCUCUCCAUGAACAGGAUCCAGGUGCUAGAUGGCAGUUUGUUCUCCGGUCUCCCGAAGCUGACGACUUGUGAACUUUACACAAACCCCUUCAACUGCUCUUGUGAGCUGCUGGGGUUCCUGCGCUGGCUCUCAGCCUUCCCCAACAGGACCAGCGAGAGGAUGGUGUGCGACUCGCCUCAAGGAUUCUUCGGCUACAACCUCCUGAGCCAGAACCCCCGAAUGCCGACCCAACGCAACGCCUUGCACGUGCUCGGUCUUGUCUGCAUGGAUGAUGGUAGCGUGACGCCCUUUUACCCGAUUGGUGCGGCAGAUUCCACCACCCCUUUACCAGAUUUUGCCUCUCCCUGUGGAUUGGACGAUUGUGCUUCCGGGACCCCUCCUGACGAGGUGAUCAGCUUGGGCCCUCUUUACACCGACACCAAUCCCAUCAUGACGCUGAAGCAUGUGCAACAUUCGACCGCCGUGAUCACGGUUCAGAUUCCUCAUCCGUACAAGAAAAUGUACAUCCUGGUUCUUUAUAACAACAGCUUCUUCACAGAUAUCCAGAAUCUGAAAAGUCAAAGGGAAGAUAUUGAGCUCAAGAACUUAAAACCCAACACCGACUACAGGUACUGUGUGGCUUCGAUACGAAACUCCCUUCGAUUCAACCACACCUGUCUGACCAUCUCCACUGGACGCCGGGCCGGGCCUGAGAGGAGAGCCAAUCAGUCGUCAGCCACCCACUACAUCAUGACUAUCCUGGGCUGCUUGUUUGGCAUGUUAAUCUUCCUGGGUUUUAUUGUUCACUGCCUGAGGAAGAAGAGGAUCAUGCAGGCGAAGGAGAGGAAGAUGAGCAGGAUCCAAAGGACUCUGAUAGAGCUCAAGUACGGUGGAGAAGGGGAUAUAGAGGGAGGAAAUGGAGGAUCUGUUUCCCAAAAGCUGGGAGCUGGGGAAAGUCUGUCCAGAAUGCCCUACCUUCCUCAGGGCGCUGAGAUUGAUCCGUACAAGCUGCAGGAGGUGAUAGAAACACCGGUGCACAAGCCUGCUAAACUGAACUACAUGGAUGUGAGAGGAUCCGGGAUGGAGAGGGAGAGGGAGAGGGAGAGGGAGAGGGAGAGGGAACGAGAGCGAGAAAGGGAGAUGUCACCACAGGAAAAUCCCCAGGGCUCAGUAGCAGAGAUCUCAACCAUCGCUAAAGAAGUUGAUAAAGUCAACCAGAUCAUCAACAACUGUAUAGAUGCUCUCAAAUCUGAGUCUACCUCCUUUCAACAGGGCAUGAAAUCCCCUUCAAACGCAGGCGGAGGGGCUGUUUCUACCGCAGAGCCUCAGCUGGUGCUCCUCUCUGAGCAAGGAGAGAGAGAAAGAGGAAACGAGUUCCUCUCCCCGGUGUAUAAGGGAGGCAGAGGAGGGAGAGAGGAGAGGGGGAGAAGCUAUCAUCAUUCUCUGCAGCGACACCACAGCAUGGAGGCACCUCCGACCUCCAAAAGGCCCAGCACCUCCUCUUCUCCCGGUUCUGCCCGGAGCCCUCGCUCGUUCCGCUCAGAGGGAGGCUACCACUCGUCAGAGACCCGCUACAUCGAGAGGACCUCGCCCGGGGAAAGGGGAGAGAGGGGGGAAAGAGGGGAAAGAGGGGAAAGAGGGGAAAGAGGGGAAAGAGGGGGAGGCGGAGGAGGAGGAGGAGGAGAGGCCAUUCGUACGGUCAACCCAGCAGCGGCCAUCUUACGAGCUGAAGCCCAGAGGAUCCGCCAGUACAACGAACACCGUCACUCUUACCCCGGCUCCCAGCAGCACCUCCAGCCUGCAGCACCACCCUCAGAUCCUGCAGGAGCUCCACCACCACCCCGGGGCCGCAAGCCCUCCAUGUUAGACCCCAUCACCCUCAGCAGGCAGGCCAAGCAACGGGAGCUGGCCUACUCCCAACUCUCGCCACACUACCCGCUCUCGCCCCAGUACCACAACCUCAGCUAUUGCUCCAGCCCCGACGAAGACGAGGAGGACGAAGGGCUCCUGUGCACCCCCACCCUGGGGCUUUGGGAGAGGUUCAAGCUGCACCGCAAGAGGCACCGGCAGGCGUCCAUGGAGGACGAGGGAUACGUGGCAGCAGGACACGCGCUGAGGCGGAAAGUUCAGUUCGCCAAGGAUGAGGAUCUUCACGACAUUCUGGACUACUGGAAGGGUGUGUCCGCCCAGCAGAAGACCUGAUCUGGAGACGCCUAACACUUGGAGGAUGGAGAAUAACAACACUGCACCCAUAACAUAUUGAUACAGAUACAAAGAUAACCUGUAAAUACACACAAACACACACAGCUUACAGGAUCUAGACGUACACUUAUAUACACACACAUUUUACACAAACCAAGCCUUUGCUUCUGAGGAACAUGAAGGAGGACCAAACUAAUAUAUUAUAUUGAAAAUCAUAACUUAUAGAGAGACUGGGUUACUUUUUGUAAUGUAACACACAUUAUAGCUCAGACUUAUGUAGCUAUUUGUACUAAGUUUUGAAUGAAGAAAAAAAUUAUCAACAUAAGAGCAGAAACCUUAAAUGCUGCCGGGCAACCCAUCCUGAACACGGCUACGCUUUUAAUCUGCCUUGAGACCGACAUUGAUUAAAACCCGACCACGGCAGAUUAACCUCACCAAUUCUUAUUACCGCCGUGGAUUGAUUGAAGAUUUUGCUUUUACCCAAGGAGGUUGUUUUUGGCAUUGCGCCCUGCGAUCUAAAUGACAAUUUCUGGAUGGGUCGCCAGGCAACAGUAAUAUUCAACUGUGCUGAGAAUGAGUAGGUAGCUCUCGCCAGAGAGAGAGAGAGAGAGAGAGAGUAUAAUGUGCCAAAUCAAACAAAGGAGGAUAGUAGAGCCCUACUGUGUACCAACUUCUCCUCGCCACUGUUUUUAUAUACAGAAUUUAAAAAACCUAGAAUGAUAUGUUAUUACUAUUAAUUAUUCUUAUUACAUUACUGGUCUUCUUAUUAUUCCUAUGCUCCUCAUCAUUAAUGAUUAUAUUAUUUGAAUAUGGCAUGGCUCUGUCGUGUGACUGUGUUUUGACUGUUUUGAACCUCUCCGCUGAGAAGGGCACACCAACAGAGACAAACAGUUUGAUGGACGAGACAUUUGACUCCUUUUUCUACCAAGAGGAAUGUGCUCUCUGCUGAGCCAAUCACAAGCCCGUCUUUUUCUCUUGGUGAACCCCCCGCUA